AUGCAUUCGUCCAUCAUCACCCUAGAAGAAGAAGAAGAAAACGGAGAGGAGGAGAAGAAGAAGAAGACGAAGAAGAAGCCGCAUCACAGUCAUCAUCUUCCGAAGACCAAACAAGAAGAAGGCGAGCCAGCCGAAGACGUCGGCUCGAUCUCGUCCGCCACGCUGUUGCUGCUCGACUCCACGUGGAUGAUGCCCUCCUCGACGAACCAACCGCAGAUAUCCGAGAUCAGCGGCAGCGAGUGUGCCGCGUGCGCCCAGCCUAUUCUUGACAGGUAUCCUUUCGCACGUUUUCCCCGCGACACCACCACUAACUACUUAUGAUUAUUUUCCGUUUAGCCACUCGGGCACUUGGCACGAGCCCGCGCCUAAUUGAAUUUCCAAUGUCAUUCCACAUUUUCACACUCACGCACACACCUCUUGCCACUUCCAGAUAUGUCUUCACAGUGCUCGGAAAGUGCUGGCAUCAGUCGUGUUUGCGGUGCUGCGACUGUCGAGCGCCGAUGACGAUGACCUGCUUCAGUCGCGACGGACUCAUUCUGUGCAAAAAUGAUUUCUCCAGGUGAGAUCUCGUAAAAUGUGCUCAAUUACAUGGAGCGUUCGAAUUCAUUUGAUUUCCCCAAACUUCUGGGCAGCCAUUACUAUGAGAAAGCGAACAUUUUCACACGAUGUUAUUCCCCAACUGAGAGUGUGACAAUCCCGUAGAAAAUUCGUAGAUUACAAAACCCGUGGAGUCAAAUCCCGUAGAAAAAUGUCAAAUUCCGUAGAAAUGGGCGGGACCUAAUGCGAGGUACGCGCACACUGUUUUGAUUCAUUUUUGAUUGCCUUUUUUGCCCCUUUAGUAACUAUUAAUUUGAGACAUGGAAAUUUGACAAAACGAUUAAAAAACGCCGUGAGGAGUCCAAUAUUCUGAGUUUUCUGCAUUUUGGCGUAUCUGUGUUUGCGUACUUAGUUCUACGGGUUUCGACAUUUUUGUACGCGAUUGUCACACGCUCCCUCAACUCUUUCAGGCGGUACGGUCAACGGUGUGCCGGAUGCGAUGGGAACCUGGAAAAAGAAGAUCUGGUGCGGAGAGCGCGCGACAAAGUAUUCCACAUUCGAUGCUUUCAAUGCUCAAUUUGUCAGCGACUAUUGGACACUGGCGAUCAGGUGAGCCCGCGACCCUGCUGCUGUUAAUUUCCGGAAUGUUUCUCACACCUUUUCCGAAUGGAAAACAGGCCAAUCACACCGCUCUCUUCGUUUUGGAGCCUGCCACGGACAUGUGCUCGUGGCCGUCACUUGCACCUGCUCUCGGGAGCUCGUGGCUCGCUUCACGCCUACUUGCCAUUCAAAAUGUUUUGUGCGCGCAUGGAUACCGACUAUAGCUGUCAAGUGACCGUUUCAAUGCGACAAGUGGUCCCUAUGAUAUGUUCUGAGCGGCGAGAAAUUUUGUGCUCUUGAAACUUGAGAUGUCUUUGUUGUAAGAUUUCUCCGAAUUCCGCGCAGAUUUAGUCAGAAUUGGGUCGGAACUCAGUCUUAAUUAAUAGAAGCGCUUUGAUCUGCGAGCAACUCUUGUUGGCAAAUGUGAAUUGGCACCAACCGGUAGAUGUUAUCUCCUAACCCUUCAGCUUCUCCUUCUCCUUCUUCUUUUCCUUAUCCGUAUUUGAGCCCACCUCUCUCUUCUUGCAAUUCCCCUAGGAUCUGUCCGUGUUGUCACUCGGCAAUCAUCGUCCCAGACCCCCUCUCCCCUAACCUAACCUAUUAUACUUUAUAAUUGGUUUACGCGAGGACCCACGAGCCAACGAGCUCUCCCCGCAGAACCAUCUCGGCACAAAAAUGUUAUGAACGUGCUCGGGAACAGCGAGGCGCGAUUCCCACGCAUGUUAUUGUUUUUGCAGCUCUACAUCAUGGAAGGCAAUCGAUUCGUGUGUCAAAGCGAUUUCCAGACGGCAACGAAGACGUCGACGCCGACUUCGAUGCACAGACCGGGUACGCGGGGGAAAAGAGAAGACAUCAGGCCUAAUCCGGGGGCUUCAAAACAUAUUUAGGAUGAGCCAUGUGUUGUUCUUGUUUGAAUAGUUUUACGAUGAUAGGUAUACCCGCGCGGGGGGCACACAUCUGUCAGCAUCAUUCCUUCCGGCCACUUCUUUGUGUUCGAAUUACCGCACAGAAAAGGAAUGGAAGGGAAGGGAUGGGGCGGAUAAUCUCGUUGCGGACACUGGUAUUAGGAAAUGAUGAGGAGGGGAGGGGUGUGUGUACAGAACAGAACAGAGCAAAGACGGAUGGGCUUGUGGUUACAGUAUCCAACGGAUCCGAGUGCAAUUCCGACAUUGAGGAGGACAAUGUCGAUGCCUGCGAUGAGGUUCCUUCCGAGCUCUUCAGGAUCUGAUCUGAUCGCAAAACUUUCAGACGGGCCUCGACGACGUGGAAGGUGAUUGCGGGAAGGAUAACUCUGACGAUUCGAAUUCUGCAAAACGAAGAGGUCCCCGAACGACGAUCAAAGCUAAGCAGGUCUGCCGAAGCACCUCAUUUUCUUACAAAUUCCUCAUUUUCAGCUAGAAACUCUGAAAAACGCGUUCGCCGCCACGCCGAAACCAACGCGACACAUCCGGGAACAACUUGCCGCCGAGACGGGCCUCAACAUGAGAGUCAUUCAGGUUCCGUCCUUUUCUAUUUUUUUUGUCUUCCCAAGAAAACGUCUGUGCGUGCCUGCAUCUCUCCAAACGCCCCGCUCUCUCGUCAUUUCUCAUUUCCCGCUUUAAUUCACCUGCUAGCGUCGGAAAACGAAGAAAAGAAGGGACCGCCCUCCCCUCUCUCGGCCACACAAAUUCAAUUACCGUAGUCCUUGACGCAGAGAAGAAAUGGGAGUUAGGGGAGGGGGAUUACGGUAGAAGGGAGGAUGUUCAGUAUUGUUUUCGAGGGAGGAUUUCAUAUAGUUAUGGGACUGAUAGAGUGAUAACAGGAAACCGAAAGGAAAUUGCUUUUAGUCAUUUUAUUCAAUUGGAAUUGGUCAGGAGAGAAUUGAGCGGGGAGAAACGGAAAAGGGAGCGAAAAGCCCGAUGCACGAUUGAGAGCAGCAUUUAAUUUCCCUUUAAGUGUUAUCUAGAUUAGAAGGAAAGAGAAGGCACGAGCACUUUUUUGCAACUCGACCUCAAAAUGACCCCCGAACCGAGCCGUUUGCAGGUGUGGUUUCAAAAUCGUCGGAGCAAGGAACGUCGGAUGAAGCAGCUGAGAUACGGUGGCUACCGUCAAUCAAGAAGACAACGACGCGACGACAUCGUCGACAUGUUCCCAAACGGUGAGACAUCCCGUGCCCGUUAAUCCCCAAGGGGGGAUAAAUUCUCCGAUUGCGCAACACCAAUUAUCAAGGGCGCAUGCUCGCGCUGGAAAACAGGCGUAAAGCAGGUGUCCUGAAGAAGUCGAUCGGCACAAUAUGUACUAGGUUAAUCGGGAUUAAAGGCGUCUUGAGAGCCGUUGAUGAUGAUGACCUCUUGAGCACCCAUAAUAUUUUGGUCACGCUUCUUAGAGUCAAGGGUCCUUUAGAAAGGGACUUGUCGGCUCCGAGAAUCAAAGAAACAAUUUCAGAUCAACAAUUCUAUCCUCAACCGCCGCCUGCCAAUGUCCAGUACUUCUGCGAUCCUUACUCGAGCCCACCAACCAACGGAGAAGCCAUUCAGAUGGCCCCACAAUUCGUGGUCCCUGCUGACACUAUGACUCAUGUUCCAGGUAAAUGACCUUGUGUUAGAAGAAAAAAUACGCCGCGAACGUUCAGAAUCUUACACGGAGUCGUCGACGACACCCCCAGACUUUUCCGAAGACGCGUUCGCCUGCAUUUACUCGACGGAUCUGGGCAAGCCGACCCCCGUCUCCUGGUAA